AUUGGGCAACAUAGUUACUAUUAGCGGUCGUGUCAAAUGGAUGCUUCGGGCGAACAUUUUCGCGUAAAUUAAUUGAUUUCUUCUAAUUAAAUUAUUGUGAAUCAUUGUGUUGGCAACAAAAGUGUGAUGUGAGCCAUGCAAAAUAAUAUUGUGCAAAGAUUCGUUUAUGUGACUUCAAAAUAGGGGUGUAUCGUGAAAAUAAAAAUGGCCUCAGGUGAUACUGAUCACAUAGAAGUGAUGGAAGCCGUGAAAAAAGCUGAGGCGACUGGUCAGUCUGGCUCCGAAGAUGAUGAUCGCGACAGAGUUUCAAUUGCAGAGAAAAAUGUACCUUACGACCCAGCGGUUGGCCCGUCGGGGGCGAUCAGCAAGGUCCACAAGUCGGACCGCAAGAUCGGCCAUCGGCGUGUCGGCGAGGGCGGCGAGAUCACAUACAAGAAGAUACAAUCCUCGCAGAUUAUGGGCUCCAUACAGCUCGGUAUCCAACACGCAAUAGGAGGCCUAGCAUCGAAACCGGAGCGCGAUCUCCUCAUGCAAGACUUCAUGACAGUAGAAACCACGAACUUUCCGCACGAGGGCUCAAACCACACGCCAGCGCACCACUACUCCGAGUUCAAGUUCAAGACAUACGCGCCGAUUGCGUUCCGAUACUUUCGGGACCUCUUCGGCAUUCAGCCAGAUGACUUCCUUAUGUCAAUGUGCAGUGCACCCCUACGCGAGCUGAGCAACCCCGGAGCGUCCGGUAGCAUAUUCUACCUGACCAACGAUGACGAGUUCAUCAUCAAGACCGUUCAACACAAGGAAGGCGAGUUUCUACAGAAACUGCUGCCCGGGUACUACUUAAAUCUCGAUCAGAACCCCCGCACGUUGCUACCUAAAUUCUUCGGAUUAUACUGCUACCAGUGCAACAGUAAAAACGUGCGGCUAGUCGCCAUGAACAAUCUGUUACCAUCCUCCGUCAAGCUACACCAGAAGUACGAUCUCAAAGGAUCCACUUAUAAGAGGAAGGCAAGCAAAUCGGAAAGACAGAAAAGAUCACCGACAUACAAAGACCUGGACUUUAUGGAACAUCACCAAGAGGGCAUCUUCCUAGAGGCGGAUACCUACACCGCGUUAAUAAAGACUAUGCAACGGGACUGCAGAGUGCUGGAGAGUUUUAAGAUUAUGGACUACUCACUCCUAGUAGGCAUCCACAACUUGGACGAGGCCCAAAGGGAAAAGACCGAGGCCCGAAAAGGUACGGACUCAGGCCAGAGUGACGACGAAGCCGAUGGAGAACCUAAGAAGAGCGGACUUAAUAGGACCAGGAAUGAGCAAGGCAAAGAGGACUUUAAGACACAAGUGAAAAGAACACAGUCCAUAAACCGCCAGCGGCUGGUCGCUCACUCCACCGCAAUGGAGAGCAUCCAAGCAGAAAGCGAACCCAUCGACGAGGAGGAAGACGUCCCGCCGGGCGGUAUUCCAGCGAGGAACGCGCGCGGCGAACGUCUCCUUCUGUUCCUGGGUAUUAUCGACAUUUUGCAGUCCUACCGACUUCGCAAGAAGCUAGAGCACACGUGGAAGAGCAUGAUACACGACGGCGACACAGUCUCAGUCCACCGGCCGAGUUUCUACGCGCAAAGGUUUCUAGACUUCAUGGGAAAGACUGUAUUCAAGAAGAUACCUUCGUUGGACCUACCGGAGAUCAAAGGCAACCACCGCAAGUUCCGAACCCUGGUCACCAGCUACAUAGGUUUGACAUUGAAACACUCGCCGUCGAAAAGAAAGAGCAUCUCGAAGCCGUCAAGACCGCAGGAAGAAAUCGACACUACAGGGGCUACAACGUCAAGUGGCGUCGCCGUGAAAGCAGUGUCUCUAACCGAUGUAACAGCUCAAAUAACGCCCACGUCAGUAACUUCGCCGGUUUCAACAGCUGCUAAACUAGCGCCAGCGCUCCCGAAAGUGGCGACAUCGGAGCCUGAUGUCGCGUUCCCAGCGGUUCUCAAAGGCUCUCAAAAACAGAGAGUGCCUCCACCCGUCCCACCACGAGGCUCCCCUAAAACGAAACGUGGCGGCGGCUCUUCUCAAGUUAGCCUUGAGACCAAAGGUGAUUAUCAAAACUUGCACGUAUCCGUUAACGAAAUACCAGCGCAGAUACCCUUCACGAAUAGCGAUGAUAACUUCGGUUAUUAUGGGCAUGAUAUGCAAUUUAGGAAACCCGCAUGCCGUCCUGCACCUUCCAUAUCCGAUCAUUCACUUAAAGUUACUAAACUAGCCGCGUCCAAUUCUUUCUUGGGCUACGACGAAAGAGAAAGUAUCACACAAAGAAAUAAUUCGGGGAGAGAUUUGAUAGCACAGAGUACAAUGAUGGCUAAGUUUAAUAUUGACAAUGCUGUGAGAGAACAUUUAGAUUCGGGUGAUUAUGAUGACGCAUCAUUCACUGAUUCGAGUGAGGAUGAAGUUAUUAUUGUACACGAAAUGCUUGAAGACAACAAAGUUGUUAUUGACACGCUAGAUCCCAAAUCCAAGCAUCUGCUAAGCACAUUGACACCUGUUGAAAGCGUUUCAGAAACUCAUUCGUAUACCAAUGAAUCGCCUAAAACAAGUCUCGGACAGAAAAUGAAAUCAAGCUUGAUGUCGAGAAUAAAUACUCUGAAAAAGAUACCUACAGUGAACAGAGAUAUGAAUCUGGAGACAGAAGCAGAUGAUAAUCAGAAGCGAAAUCAAAUAGAUAAGACUAAAGGUGGUUUAAUGUACGGGUUAUCGAAGAAAUUCAAUUUCAACCAAUCCAAGAAGGAUAAGAAUCGUGAAGACGCUCGCACGAAGUCCAAACCUAAGAUUGAAAUCAAAACGUACACAGAAGAACAUUCUAGAGACAAUGCUAAUAAAGAUGAAGUAGUAUGCCAUAAGAAAGCUAAAACUAAAAUUGAUAUGUUCCAAAAGCAUAUAUUAAAAAUUCAAGCGGACGACAGUGCUUCAGUUACGUCUUCUCGAGACAGUAUUCUGUCGACAGCUGAAAGUCGUGAUUUGUUUAAAGAAACUAAGAAAGUUUUCGAACAAGAACCACCGAAACCAGCUCCUACGGUUAACAAAAGACCUAAUUACAACAAAAAGCGAAGAGCACCCGACCCAGUGCCAUUGAAAACUAAACCAGGCAAUGUCCACGAUAAAAUAAGAAAGUUUUCUGUAACCAUCGUACCUGAAACAAAUCCACCAAAAUUGGAACCUAGAAAAAUAGAAAGACCUAAGCCAAGUGGUGUUAUUAAACUACACGAUAAUAACAUACUAUAUUAUGAUAUGAGAAAGGAAUUUGAAGAAGUUGUGUAGUAACAUAUCAGCUUACUUAUUUUGAAAAACUUAUUGUGAAGAAUUUUUAGGCCGAAUUGUUUGUUUUUGAAGCGAAAUUGGAAAGAGAUUAUAGAGCAUGGUUUUUUUUUCUAAAAUACAGACAUCUUUCAUGUA